CCUUUCCUCCCAAAAAGUGGCCGCGGAAAAUUUCGAAUUCCCCCCACCCGUCGUCGGCGGCGACCGCGGGUGCCCAAGCCCAACCCCCCGCCGCCGCUCCCCUCGCCGUCCGCCGACCCACACCACCACCACUCAGGACCCCCUCAUACCAGGCAUGGAGGAGAGCGACGAGACCGCCGUGGAGGCGGCGCUGGGGCUGAGCGCCUCGUUCUUCGUCAACUCGGUCCUCAACGCGGUCGACGACGUCCGCUACGGGGCCUUCGAGUACUGCCUCCAGGAAGGCGCCCCCGAGGCCGUCGGCGCCGCCAUGGCGACCCAGAAGGCCGAGGAGCUGGAGCGGGGUGUAAUCAGCAUUCACAACUUGGUGAAGGAUGUAUUGGAUAAGAGAAUGAGCAAUUGGGAGAAAUACUGCCUUCGACAUUGUUUCGCAAUACCUGAAGGAUUCCUGACACGUGAAGAUGAUAUUCCUGCAAAAAAAUCACUCAAUGAUGGGAAUUCUGAUUCGGAUCUCGAUGCUGAACUUGUUUCUCUUAGGAAAAAACUUGAAGAUGCUAACAAUGAAUCUGAAGAACUUCAAAAAGAGCUUUCUUCCUUAGAAAGACAAGCUGAGUGCCAGAGAAAUUUGGAUUCCUCUAUGGCUGAAUUAUUGAAGGUGUUUGAAAGCAAGGCCUUUCAAGACAAUUUUCAAGAUCUUGUGAACGUAAUACCACUAUUUCAGCGGAAACUGGAAGGUAUGAAAAGGAAGAUUGUUGAGAACAUUGACGAUCAAAUUGAUUGGAACGUCAAUGGACACCACAAGCGGUUAGCAUCAGGUUUCACUGCCAGAACAGAAGACAGUCAAGAUGUUGUGAAUGUCUUAAAGAAGUAUUAGUAGCUCCCACUUUUAUGCGACCUGUGCGAUAACAGGACGCCUGCUAUGUGCUAUCCUUCGUAGCACGGGAUAAGCUGGUUAUAUGUUUGGACUCUUGCUAACUGAGUACCGCCAAUGCAGAUCUUCAAUGUAAUCCUGAACUGCGAUUCCUUCCGAACAAUUUGUACGUAAACGUAAAGUACAUGGGCUUUCCAUAAUUGGUUUAUACGUGGUUAUUUCUCCGGAUGGCCGGAUAGAACCACUAUCGUAUUGUUCA